AUUGGAGGUGGUUGAGUCAGACUAGCUUUCUCACAACUCACUGCGGACCACCACGUGAGUUUAGAAUUAUCAACUGCUGAAGUAGAGUAUCGCAUCCUUCUCUGCAUCUUCUUGCGUUAAUUCAUUUAAUCAAACCUUUGCAAAGCAAUGGCCAACACGCAACACACACGUACCAGUAAAAUUUGCUGUAGGGUCCUGGUUAGUAGGACAAUAUAGCAUUCAUAUAUGUGUUUGCGUGUGCGUGCACGUGCUCAUUUCCUCAUCUAGCUAUAUAUAGUAAGUACUUCAGGACAGAAGAUGAACUAUUUCUCCUUGAGAAUAGAGUACAGCAUACCAGAGGAAAAAUGGAAGAGGGGAAAACUUCUUCGCUGGAAAUGGGAACCAUGGAAAAGAAAGAGAAAGCUGCUACAACCGGUAAAGCACCCGAGGUCAAGUACAGGGGAAUUAAAGCCAUGCCAUUUGUCAUAGGGAAUGAGACCUUUGAGAAGCUGGGGACUAUUGGCACCUCGUCCAACCUCUUGAUCUAUCUCACUACCAUCUUCAACAUGAAGAGCGUCACAGCCACAACACUUGUGAACACCUUCAAUGGAACCUGCACCUUGAGUCCCCUGCUGGGUGCUUUCCUCUGCGACACUUACUAUGGUCGUUAUAAGACGGUCGGAUUCGCUUCGGUCUCCUCAUUUUUGGGGAUGCUUGUAAUAACUCUAACGGCAGCCAUAUCGAAGUUGCAUCCUCCUGAGUGUCACGCACAAGAGAGUGGGCAGUGCAUAGGGCCAACACCAGGGCAGAUGGCUUUUCUGCUAAGUGGGUUUGGACUGCUGGUGAUCGGUGCUGGUGGCAUCCGACCGUGUAAUUUGGCCUUCGGAGCUGACCAAUUCAAUCCCGAAACUGAAUCUGGGAAGAGAGGAAUCAGCAGCUUCUUUAAUUGGUACUACUUCACCUACACUUUUGCAAUGAUGAUAUCUUUGACAAUCAUCGUGUACGUGCAAUCCAAUGUGAACUGGACUAUAGGGCUAGCAAUCCCUGCAUUUCUAAUGUUCUUAUCAUGUGCAUUCUUCUUCGCGGGCACAAAAAUAUUUGUGAAAGUGAAGCCGGAGGGUAGUCCCUUGACAAGUGUGGCACAGGUCAUAGUGGCGGCAGUAAAAAAGAGGAAAUUGAAGUUACCGGAGCAGCCUUGUGUCUCCCUUUUUAACCAUAUUCCCACCAGUUCUAUCAACUCCAAGCUUGCUCACACACAUCAAUUUAGAUUCCUUGACAAAGGCGCAAUCAAAACCGCCAAUGACAAACUCAACCCAGAUGGAUCAGCUGCAAAUCCACGGAGACUUUGCAGUAUGCAGAAAGUGGAAGAGGUAAAAUGUUUGAUAAGAGUGAUUCCCAUAUGGUUCGCAGGCAAUAUAUACCAUAUCGCGAUCGUCCAACAGCAAACAUAUGUAGUUUUCCAAGCCCUGCAGUCCGAUAGACGCAUCGGCAACAGCAAUUUCAAAAUCCCAGCAGCAUCAUAUAUUGCUUUCGCCAUGCUCAGCCUCACUAUCUGGAUACCCAUUUACGACCAAAUCAUAGUCCCAUUUAUUCGAAAGUACACAGGAAAAGAAGGUGGCAUCACCAUCCUCCAAAAGAUAGGUGUUGGCAUGGUUCUCUCAGUGGUCACCAUGCUAGUAUCCGCUUGGGUUGAGAAGCAUAGAAGAACUUUGGCACAUACUAAGCCAACAAUGGGCAUCGAACCAAGAAAGGGUGCCAUUUCUUCCAUGUCAGGUCAAUGGCUACUAUUUCAACUAGCCAUAGGAGGGUUGUCUGAAGCAUUUGCUAUUGUGGGUCAAACAGAAUUCUACUACAAGCAGUUCCCGGAAAACAUGAGGAGCAUCGGUGCAGCUUUCUUGCUGGCAGGCAUCUCAGGGUCUAAUUACUUGAGUGGUUUCUUAGUCUCAAUUGUUCAUCAAAUGACCAAGGGCAAUGCAACAGGAAAUUGGUUGGCAGAAGAUCUUAACAAAGGGAAACUUGAUUACUUCUACUACCUGAUUGCUGCUUUGGAGCUUUUAAAUUUGGGGUAUUUUCUUGUUUGUGCCAAGUGGUACAAGUACAAAGGAAUUGAUGGCAACACUGGUGAAGGGGACAUGAAGGGAAAGCAAGCUGAAGAAUCUGUAGUUUGACAGAAAUUCAUGUGAAAUAUUUAUGCAGAAGCCUUGUAAAACAGCAAGAACUAAAGCAUCGAGAGAGAAUUCUUGGGAUUAAAAAUGCAGUAGAUCAUUCUUAGUUUUUCCCAUUUAGUGUCAAAAUUUUGGAUAUUUUUCUUAGGCACUUUGUGCUAAGUUGUUUGCUUGCUAGAUUGAUUCAAGAUGAUGUUUCUCCUUAGACUUAAA